UAUCCGAUCCUUAACCUUCACCGGUUUUGCGGUUGCACUUACGCGGGUACCCAACACUCCACAAACUCAAAUUUUAAAAACCCAAAAAAGAAAAAAUCAUAAAAAAUGGAAAACGAUACAGCGGAGGUUCAAGAAGUUACCGUCGCCGUUAACGGUUUUUACGGCGGCGGCGAUGAUGAGGAAGUGUUGAUUACAGAAGACGGAAGUGGAAAGAAAAACGCGGACCGCGUAAAAGGGCCAUGGUCACCUGAGGAAGAUGCGAUACUUAGUCGUUUGGUUAGUAAUUUUGGGGCGAGGAAUUGGAGUUUGAUCGCACGAGGAAUACCAGGUAGAUCCGGGAAAUCGUGUCGGUUAAGGUGGUGUAAUCAGCUUGAUCCUGCUGUUAAACGCAAACCCUUUACCGAUGAUGAAGAUCGGAUUAUCCUUCAGGCCCAUGCUAUUCAUGGGAACAAAUGGGCAUCAAUUGCAAGGCUUUUGCCAGGUAGAACAGAUAAUGCCAUUAAAAAUCAUUGGAAUUCAACCUUGAGGCGCCGUUGUGCCGAACUUGGUAGGCUAAGAAGUGACUCCAGCAACGUCAUGGAGGAUGUUAGUGUUGAAAAAUCAAAAGCAUCAUCCGAGGAAACCCAAUCAUGUGGAGAUGUGAAUUCUUUGAAAGCUAUUGAGGGAAAAGAUGUUAGCUCUGAAGAAAACCAAGAAGAUAAUCUCUAUGAGGAUAAGAGUCAAGGAGAUGUUCAACAGAGUGAUGCAGCAAAUGAUCCUCAUACGCUCUUCCGUCCUGUGGCUCGUGUAAGUGCUUUUAGCGCAUAUGGUUCUUUGAAUGUCCCAGAAUCCCAACUGCAAACUCCAAGGCUAAUUCCUGUCCAAGCGCCUGAUCUUGGGAUAAGCAAAUUGCUUGAAGGAGCUUUCACCGACAGAUUAGUGCCUCACCAAUGUGGACAUGGCUGUUGUGGCAAUGCCAAUCAAGCAAUUAACGGAAGUUCACUGUUGGGGCCUGAGUUUGUUGACUAUGAUGAGCCUCCUUCCUUCUCAAGCCAUGAGUUGGCCACAUUAGCCACAGAGAUAAGUAAUGUUGCUUGGUGUAAAAGUGGGUUGAAAAACAGCAGCAUUGAGGUUAUCUUCAAUCCAACAACCAGGGCAGUGUGUGGUGCCUCUCACUUGCCAAGCAGACCGUUCUAAUCUUUCAAAUGAGUAACCAUAUAUAUUAUAUAUGAUAUAUAACUUGGAAAUUAUGAUGGAUGCAGUGUCAACCUCAACAAGUAGGUGAUAGCUACCAUGAUACAAAAGAUUUGACUUGAUUUACCAAACUUACGUAAUACGAAGUUGGGUAACCGACUUAGUGUCCAAACUGUUCUCUGAUUGAAAAGAGUGUGAAUGCAUUAUUUUCUUAGGUCUUCAUUCAUGAGGAGGAAUUUUAGAAAUGUUCUUUACUUAGAUGAGUCCCGUUGAAUAGUAGGAUUCAAAGCUUCGUGUGUUGUAAUUUAACAAGAUGAUGGUGUUUUUAUUCAAAGUGUGGUUCCUCCUUCCUUCAA